AAAAAAGUUGUAAGUUUCGACGCUGGAGCGCCAUUUUGUUUGCUUUUCUUCUUUUAGAACCUAUAUUUAUGGAACCCACGAAUUAAAGUUUUUCUCCCCUUUUAAUCCGAUAACCAAUUUAUAUUUUUUCAUGUACCAAAACUGAAAUCCAUGGCUUGUCUAAGCCUUUGCGUUCCGGAGGGUGAAAUUGACGAGCUGCUUGAACAUGUUCCUUUAUCAACGAGGCGAACGUUAUUACUUUCUCCCACCGUUUCGUACGAGAACCAACACGAAACCUCCAAUUUACUGGGCCCUCUUUCCCUCCCUCCUUGCUCUGCUCGAGAUCAGGUGGAUCAACAAUUGCCAAGCGAUAGUCCUAAUUGCAAUGUUACUGCUGGUGCUUUUGAAGUUGCAACUGGUGAAGAUCUGAUAGGUUCUUCUGCAGUUUCUCGAGGUUAUCUGCAGGUAUCUUCUUUCCAUGAUGUAGGUUUGCCAAUAAAUGGCAACAGUCAAGGACAUCAAUCAGACGAGCUGACAGCCUUAGCUUCCUGCCAAGAUGUAGAUUUGCCUAUAAAUGGAAACAGCCAAGGAAGUGAAGCUGAUGCUUCCGAACUGGAGGAAAUCAAUUCUGGUGUGUGCGUCCCUUUAAAUCUUGUGCCUUCAGAUGUUUCUCCUAAUGAAAAAGUUGAUUGUGCUGAUAACAUGCCGUUGAGUUUAUCAAAAGGUGAUACAAAUAAUUCUACCAGUAUUGGUGUUAUAGCUGUGAAUAAGAUGGAUAAAAAGCUCAGUGAAUGUACAUUUGGUGAACUUGACCACAUUGUAUUGAAAGAAAGAAGAAAAUUGCUUCUAAAAAGGAAAUUUUUGGAAUUGGAAAAGCCAGCUCCAGAGGGUACUCCUGUGGGGUUGACAGAAGAUACUAUAGAUUACUCUACCAAGAGAAUUAAACAAAAGUUUCAGCCUAUUGAUGCAGAUGGUUCAUCUAGUUCGGAAUGCUAUGCUUGGAGGAACAAAAGAAAGCUUCAAUAUGUUGAUGGAAAAUCCUGGUCAGGGACUGAAUCUGAUAGAUCAGGAAAACGAAAGGGAGAAAGCAACAUAAUAUGUACCUCUGAGAGAAUAUCAACAGAAUUCAAAUUGCGUGAUGGAGAUGAUUUUGUAUCUGCAAAUACAAAUAAUAUGUGCAAUUCAAGUUUGAAUACUUCUGUCAAAGUGAAAGAUGAACCAUUGCAUUAUAAUAACUUGCAAAAUCCCACAAGGAGAACUUUCAAUAACAUGGUAUCAAUGAAGUGUGAAGAGGACAUCUAUGACGUAAUAGACCAUAUGCUUCUACGAGAUCGGAUGAAGCUGCCAAUAUUAUUUGAGGAUUUUGAAUUGAAUUCUUCCACAAAUUGUGAGGGCUUGUCGAAAAGUGAGCCUGCCGCCUUUGGAUAUAGCCCUUUUGUUUCUGAACCUGCCAAACCUAUAAUGUUAAUCCAUCGAAGGAGUAGAAAGAAGACUGCCACGGAUUCGGUUGCAACAGCAUUAGAAGAAGAUGCACCUGGACUUCUCAAGGUUUUGCUUGAUAAAGGUGUGUCGGUUAAUGAAAUUAAGCUUUAUGGGGAGUCUGAGAAUGGUGAUCCUAUAGAUGAAUCAUUCAGCGAAGACAGCUUCUCAGAGCUUGAAGCUGUAAUGACAAAGUUAUUCUCUCAGCGCAGCCAUCUUUUUAAGUUCGCCUCUAUACGAUGCCCAAAGGGCCCAAGACCUAGUUAUUGCUUGGCUUGCCUAUUCUCACUUGUGGAGCAGACCCGUUAUCUGCAGUUUCGUAAAUGGCCAGUUGAAUGGGGUUGGUGCCGAGAUCUUCAAUCUUUUAUAUUUGUCUUUAAAAGACAUCAUAGAAUUGUACUUGAACGUCCAGAAUAUGGUUUUGCAACAUACUUUUUUGAGCUGUUAGAUUCCUUAACCGUUGGCUGGCAGGUCAUGAGAUUGGUGACUGCCAUGAAGCUUACUAGCUGUGGCAGGAUAACGCUGAUUGAGAACAAACCAUUAUCGAUUGGAGAAGACUUGAGUGAAGGUGAGGCAAAGGUGUUGAUGCAGUAUGGUUGGGUUCCGAAUACUGGCUUGGGAACACUGCUCAAUUACUGUGACAGAGUUGUCCAUGAUCGAAAAAACGAAAGUGACAUGUCGGAAUGGAGAUCAAAAAUAGGAAAGCUGCUGGUAGAUGCAUAUAACAGUGGAACUAUCGUCUCAAGCUGUCCCGUAGAGGAUGUCAAUGAACAGGAUGGUGUGAAUACAGAGAUUAAACACGAGCUUUGAUCGCAAUCAAGGAAUGAGCUCAAACCCCAGUUUUUUGUCUCUCUCAGAAUAGG